AUGAUCUCCUCUGCAUCCGCCCGCCUCGCCAUCGCCACCGGUCGCCGCUCCCUCCAGCGCGGUGCCGCCCUCGUCCCCAUGGCCAGAGCUAUCGCCUCCCACAACACUGUCCGCGCCUUCUCUGCCACCCCCAGUGCCCCCCGUCACAUCCUCGCCAUCCCCUCCGUCUCCCUCAAGACCAACAUGGCCCGCUUCUACAGCUCCAAGUCUUACCCCACCCAUAUCACCAUCAGCAUGCCCGCUCUCUCUCCCACCAUGACCAUGGGAAACAUUGGAACCUGGCAGAAGAAGGUCGGUGAUGUCAUUACCCCCGGUGACGUCCUCGUCGAGAUCGAGACCGAUAAGGCCCAGAUGGACUUUGAGUGCCAGGAGGAAGGCUACAUUGCCAAGAUCUUGGUCGAGUCUGGCUCCAAGGAGGUCAACGUCAACCAGCCCAUCGCCAUCAUGGUCGAGAACAAAGAGGAUAUCGAAAAGUUCGCCGAUUUCACCGCUGCUGAUGCCGGUGCUGCCUCCGCUGCCCCCGCUGCCACUGAGGAGAAGGAGGCUCCCAAGGCUGAGGCCCCCAAGGCCGCUGCCCCCAAGGCCGCUGAGGUCGUCAACGCUGCUCCUUCCCGCUCCGAUGCCGAGCGCAUCUUUGCCAGCCCCAUUGCCAAGAAGAUCGCCAACGACAAGAACAUCAACUUGAGUGACCUUUCUGGAUCUGGACCCAACGGCCGCAUUCUCAAGGCUGAUGUUGAGAGCUACACCCCUGCUGCCAAGGCUGCCCCCGCCACCAAGGCUGCCCCCGCCCCCGCUGCUCCCGCUCCCGCUGGCGCUGCUUACACCGAUAUCCCCCUCACUAACAUGCGCAAGAUCAUUGCCCAGCGUUUGACCGAGUCGAAGCAGAACGUUCCUCACUACUAUGUCACCGUCGAGAUGGAGAUGGACAAGGUCUUGAAGCUCCGCGAGGUUCUCAACAAGUCCUCCGAGGACAAGUACAAGUUGUCGGUCAACGACUUCAUCGUCAAGGCUUCUGCCCUUGCCCUCAAGGCCGUCCCCGAGGCCAACAGCUCGUGGAUGAACGACUCUAUCCGCCAGUACCACACCUCGGACAUCUGUGUUGCUACCUCGACCCCCACUGGAUUGAUCACCCCUAUUGUCGCCAGCGCCGAGACCAAGGGAUUGGCCACCAUCUCCAACCAGGUCAAGGACUUGGCUUCCCGUGCCCGCGCCAACAAGCUCGCCCCUCACGAGUACCAGGGCGGCACCUUCACCAUCUCCAACAUGGGCAUGUACGGUAUCAAGCACUUCACUGCCAUCAUUAACCCCCCUCAGUCCUGCAUCUUGGCUGUCGGAGCCACCGAGAAGCGCGUUGUCCCUGGUGCUGAGGAUGGCGAGUACCGCACUGCCUCGAUCAUGGCUGUCACCCUCAGCUCUGACCAUCGCACCGUCGACGGUGCCGUUUCUGCCCAGUUCUUGAAGGCCUUCAAGGGUUACAUGGAGAACCCCUUGAAGAUGUUGUUGUAA